AUGGAUUUUUCUGUAGAAACAUUAGAGAGAACUAUUUGUCAAUUUUAUCAAAGUGACAAAGCUACUCAAGCUCAGGCACACAGAAUAUUAGAAGAGGCCAAAAACAGUCCAGCGGCUUGGUUUUUCGUAUGGGAAUUACUGCAAACACAUAAAGCGUCAGAAGUUCAAUUUUUUGCUGCUACAACUCUUCACACUAAAAUUAAAAGAUCGUUAGAUGAGUUAAAUAAUGAUAGUGCUUCUUUAUUAAAAGAAAAAUUAUUAACAACAAUAAUAAUUUACACAACAGGUCCCAAAAUAAUACUUAGCAGAUUAUGUAUUUCUUUAUCCUCUUAUUUUUUACAAAUAUGCCCAGAAAAAUGGCCAAAUGCAUUACCUGCAUUACUUCAAAUUUUUAAUCCUGAAAAUUUGCCACAAAUCCCUGAAGAAAAAAUUUUAUGGGUUUUAUUUGAAAUUCUUACUGUUCUACCAGAAGAGUUUUCAUCAAUGCAUUUUCAUCAACAUCACAAAAAUCUUUUAAGACAACAUUUAAUUGAAAAUUCACCUUCAGUUAUUAUGUUAUUACAAAAGGUUUUGUCUAAUUACACAAUCGAAGAAGUAGUUUUACAAGCAAUAAAAUGUGCUGCAUCAUGGCUGACUGUAGGAGUUCCCUUUACUGAAUAUCAAAACUUGUGUAACAUUAUAGUAAAUUUGGCUUUUAAUACUCAUAAACAACAUGAAAGCAUCUGUGAAAAAGCUUUAGAAUUUUUAAAAGUAGUUGUCGAUCUUCCGGAAAAUCAUAAAUACCCAAAGUAUUUACUUCAAUUUUUAGAAAAUAUUUUGCAGUUUGGAGAAAUAUUGAAGAAAGAAUUAAUUCUAGAGGAAUUAGGAGACCAGAAACUAAUUAGCAACAUAUAUCAUCUUUUUGUAACAUUUGGGGGCACCCAUUCUAGGCAAUGUUUACAUUGGAUAAAGCAAAGCGAAGAAACAAGACAACAAGUUUUAACAUUAAUUUCACACAUUUUGCAAUGUUCAGGUGCUAAAGGACAUUAUCCAAAACAUGAAACAUAUAGUAGGCUUACUUUUGGUUUCUGGUAUGUUUUACAGGAUGAAAUUGUGUUAUCAUCCACUGAAGAUAGUGAACUUUACAUGAAGUAUUUAGGGCCAGUUUAUAAAGAGUUAGUUAAUGUGUUAAUAGUUAAAGCUCAGUUACCAGAACCGGAAUUAAAUUUUACAAAACAAGAUUUAGAAUUUUUUAGAUGUUAUCGACAAGAUAUCAGUGAUACACUAAUGUAUUGUCACACGAUUCUACGCGAAACAACAAUAUAUUUAAUUAAAGCUAAAUUAGAAAAAAUUAAUUUGAACGAUUUAAAAUGGCAAGAGCUUGAAGCUUGUCUCUUUAGUUUAUGUUCGGUGUCAGAAAAUGUCGAUUUGGAAGAAAAUUGCUUUCUCCCAUAUUUAUUUCAGUACAUUAGAAAUUUACCCUUUCAAAGGUUAGAUCCUAAAGUUUUUUCUACAGCGUUAGAUACUAUAGGUGCUUAUGCUAAUUGGAUCUCUGCUCAUAGUUACACUUUAGAACAUGUUUUGCCUUUAAUUAUAUUAGGAUUAAAUGUACCUGAAACAACAUCUAGUGCCACGAUGGCUUUGAAAGAUAUAGCCAGAGAUUGUCAAACCGAUAUUAAACCGUACUCAUCUUUAAUAUUAGAUGCUAGUCAGAAAGCUUUGCACGGAGGUAGACUAAAACUUAAAGACUGUCAACGUCUAAUGUGUACCGUAGGUUUAUUACUAUCUAGUUUGCCUCUCGACACAAUUAUGCACUAUUUAAAUCUUAUAUUAACUCCCUAUAUGGAUCAAUUGAACUCUUUGGCUUUGCAAGAGCCGUCAACUCAGGUUAAAGGAAGUAUUCUUCACUGUUUAAAAAUGGUUGGAGUAUUAAGCGCUACAUUAAAUACAAAAUUAGAAACAAAUUCCGAACAACAAUUUGAUAUGAAUUCACAAAACAACGAACCUCAACCAGUUUUAUUAAUUCUUCAAAAAUUACUACCGGUAAUUAAAUCACUCGCAAAUUCUUGGUCUUCAGAUGAACAAGUCAUGCAGGCUUUAUUUGUGGUUUUGCAACAAUCGGUGACGACAUUAAUGGAAGAUUCUCAGUCUGUCGUAACGGAAAUUUUAGAUCUUAUAAUUUCAACUUAUAGGAUUCAUCCUCAACCAGCCGCUUUAGAUUUAAGCAAAACGCUUUGUACAUUAUUUGGAAAAGAUGAAAAAUAUAGACCGAUGCUACAAUUUUUAACAAACGAACUUUGUACAGUUGCAAUGACAAAUUUAUCAACCGCUCAAAACCUCCACGAUCAUACUGCAUUACUGGAAGCCAUUUUUAGUUUUCUUAGUCAAAUUUUAAAAAGGAUUCCUAAAUUAAUUGUUUCAACGAAUUUAUCAUUGCUCUUUCAAUGCGCGACUCUAACAUUAGCUGUUCCAGAGCUACCAACUGUAAAAUCUGCUUCUUUAUUUUUGGUUAAUUUCAUAACACAAAGUGGUGAUAUUGAAAAUCUCAAAUCUGUCGUUAUCGCUUACGGACAACAAUUAGUUUUGCAAAUAAUAUCUUGCAUUGCUGGCGAAGCAUCCAGAUUCAACAUAGAACCUCUUGCUGGCAUAAUACUUGCUUUGAAUACCAAUUAUUGUGAAAAUCAUUCACAAUGGCUGAGAGAAGCUGUAACAAAAGAGAUUUGUCCAAGAACAACAUUACAACAAAGAGAAAAUUUUAUAAGAAUAAUGAUAAACAUUCAAAGAGGAAAAGAACAUUUACAAGAAACAAUAAAAAAAUUCAGUCUUAUAUGCAGAGGUAUUAUAAAUACAGAGUACGCUUAA